GACGCGGGUGCUCGACGCGAUCGGCGCGGAGGCUUAGACUGCAGGGACAGAGGUGAACCCGCGCGGCUGCAAGAUGUCCAAGCCGGACGAGAACGCGGACACCGGCGACACCGGGGACAACUCGAACGGGUCCUCGGCGGAGACGACGUCGUCGCGGGGCGGCGACUUCGAGACGAAGCUCGAGACGGACCGUAGCAAGCGCUUCGACUACCUGCUCAAGCAGACCGAGAUCUUCUCGCACUUCAUGACGAACAAUCAGAAGGACAAGGCCGGCAGCCCGCUCAAGAUCAAGGCCGGCAGGCCCAGGAAGCAGCCCCAGGAGAUCCCCAAGCCCGACUCCGUCGAUCACCGGCACCGUAAGACCGAGCAGGAGGAGGACGAGGAGCUGCUGGCGGAGAGCAACGCGAGCGUGGCGCCCACCACGCGCUUCGAGUCCUCCCCGCACUACAUCAAGUCCGGCGAGCUGCGCGACUACCAGAUACGCGGGCUCAACUGGAUGAUCUCGCUGUACGAGCACGGCAUCAACGGCAUCCUCGCGGACGAGAUGGGCCUCGGUAAGACGCUGCAGACAAUCUCCCUGCUGGGCUACAUGAAGCACUUCCGAAAUAUCCCCGGGCCGCACAUCGUCAUCGUGCCCAAGUCGACGCUGGCCAACUGGAUGAACGAGUUCAAGAAGUGGUGCCCGAGCCUGAGGGCCGUCUGCCUGAUCGGCGACGCCGAGACCAGGAACACCUUCAUCAGAGACGUGAUGAUGCCCGGCGAGUGGGACGUGUGCGUCACGUCCUACGAGAUGGUGAUCAAGGAGAAGUCCGUGUUCAAGAAGUUCAACUGGCGCUACAUGGUGAUCGACGAGGCGCACCGAAUAAAGAACGAGAAGUCCAAGCUGUCGGAGAUCCUCAGGGAGUUCAAGACGACCAAUCGGCUCCUGCUCACCGGCACGCCGCUCCAGAACAACCUCCACGAGCUCUGGUCCCUGCUCAACUUCCUCCUGCCGGACGUGUUCAACAGCUCGGACGACUUCGACUCCUGGUUCAACACCAACAGCUUCCUGGGCGACAACUCCCUGGUCGAGAGGCUGCACGCGGUGCUCAGGCCGUUCCUCCUGCGGCGCCUCAAGUCCGAGGUGGAGAAGGGGCUCAAGCCCAAGAAGGAGAUCAAGGUGUACAUCGGCCUGAGCAAGAUGCAGCGGGAGUGGUACACCAAGGUGCUGAUGAAGGACAUCGACAUCGUCAACGGCGCGGGCAAGAUCGAGAAGAUGCGGCUGCAGAACAUCCUGAUGCAGCUGCGCAAGUGCUGCAACCAUCCGUACCUGUUCGACGGCGCGGAGCCCGGGCCGCCGUACACCACCGACGAGCACCUUGUCUACAACUGCGGCAAGAUGGUGAUACUCGACAAGCUGCUGCCCAAGCUGCAGCAGCAGGAGUCCCGGGUGCUGAUAUUCAGCCAGAUGACGAGGAUGCUGGACAUUCUUGAGGACUACUGCCACUGGCGGUGCUUCCAGUACUGCCGGCUCGACGGCAACACUGCCCACGAGGACCGGCAGCGGCAGAUAAACGAGUACAACGCGCCCGGCAGCGAGAAGUUCAUCUUCAUGCUGUCGACUCGCGCCGGCGGCCUGGGCAUCAACCUAGCGACCGCCGACGUCGUCAUUAUCUACGACUCUGACUGGAACCCGCAGAUGGACCUGCAGGCGAUGGACCGCGCGCACCGUAUCGGCCAGCAGAAGCAGGUGCGGGUCUUCAGGUUCAUCACGGAGAACACGGUGGAGGAGAAGAUCGUGGAGCGGGCGGAGGUGAAGCUGCGCCUGGACAAGCUUGUGAUCCAGCAGGGCCGGCUGGUCGACGCCAAGCAGACCGCGCUCAACAAGGACGAGAUGCUCAACAUGAUCAGGCACGGCGCGAACGAGGUGUUCGCGUCCAAGGACAGCGCCAUCACCGACGAGGACAUCGACACGAUCCUGCAAAAGGGCGAGGCGAAGACGGAGGAGAUGAAGCAGAAGCUCGAGAGCCUCGGCGAGUCCUCGCUGCGCAACUUCACCGUCGACGCGCCGACGGACUCCGUCUACCAGUUCGAAGGCGAGGACUACCGUGAGAAGCAGAAGAUCCUCGGCAUCGGCAACUGGAUCGAGCCGCCCAAGCGCGAGCGCAAGGCCAACUACGCCGUCGACGCGUAUUUCAGGGAGGCGCUCCGUGUCUCGGAGCCGAAGGCGCCGAAAGCACCGAGGCCGCCCAAGCAGCCGAUCGUGCAGGACUUUCAGUUCUUCCCGCCGCGACUCUUCGAGCUGCUGGACCAGGAGAUCUACUACUUCCGGCAGACGGUCGGCUACAAGGUCCCGAAGAAUCCCGAGCUCGGCUCGGACGCCGCCCGGAUCCAGAAGGAGGAGCAGCGCAAGAUCGACGACGCCCAGUCGCUCUCCGACGAGGAGGUCGCCGAGAAGGAGAAGCUGCUGCUGCAGGGCUUCACCAACUGGACCAAGCGGGACUUCAAUCAGUUCAUCAAGGCGAACGAGAAGUACGGCCGCGACGACAUCGAGAACAUCGCCAAGGAGGUCGAGGGCAAGACGCCGGAGGAGGUGAUGGAGUACUCGGCCGUCUUCUGGGAGCGCUGCCACGAACUGCAGGACAUCGACCGCGUCAUGGCGCAGAUCGAGCGCGGCGAGGCCAAGAUACAGAGGCGCGCCGGCAUCAAGAAGGCCCUGGACGCGAAGAUGGCGCGGUACCGCGCGCCCUUCCACCAGCUCAGGAUAGCCUACGGCACGAACAAGGGCAAGAACUACACCGAGGAGGAGGACAGGUUCCUCGUCUGCAUGCUGCACAAGCUGGGAUUCGACAAGGAGAACGUCUACGAGGAGCUGCGCGCCACGGUCAGGUCGGCCCCGCAGUUCCGCUUCGACUGGUUCGUCAAGUCCCGCACCGCGCUCGAGUUGCAGCGUCGCUGCAACACCCUCAUCACCCUGAUAGAGCGCGAGAAUCAGGAGCUCGAGGAGCGCGAGCGGCAGGAGAGGCGAAAGAAGGGCAGCAACGUAGGAGCGAAGCCGACGUCCAAGCGAAAGGAGAAUCUGCCGGCGCCGCAGGACAAGCCGCGGAAAAAGAAGAAGUAGAGCCGAGAGCGUCGGUGCAUCGGCGAGCCACCGCACACACACCACCCCCCGGGACUCUCUUUCGGACACUUUUCGAACUCGGCUCUCGCGAGUUUAAACCACGACUGAAGUACGGACCACGGGUAUUCACGCAGAGCGCUCUUCUUUUUCUACAUUUGCAAAUCCGCUCGCUCCUCACCGCGUAACUCCGCGCGCGUCGCUCCCCUUUCAUAUUCCAUUGUAAACGAGAUGCAUUCUUAGCUAACGACUGCCAAGCUCCAUCCGGCCUCGUCGCGUCGUCUCUAGCGAGACCAUGCGGACUUAUCUUGGACCGUUCGCGCCGCGAUUGAUCUCGGGGAAAAACGUAAUCUCGCGCAAACUAGAUCUAUCUCGUUAAUGCUGCAACACUUGCCGAUGGACUUGGACAGAACUCAACAUUGCAAGUGUUUUUUUUUCAUGUGCUCACGGAUGCCUGAUCAUGAAAUGAGAGAGAGAGAGAGAGAGAGAGAGAGAGAGAGAGAGAGAGAGAGAGAGAAACGUAAGAACAAGUAUACUAUUUAUUUCCCUGGACCUAUCGAGUAAGUUGUUAAAAUUAUUUUUCUUAAACAAACUUUUAGGAGCCAACGUCGUCCUACACGCGCAUCGGUCAAAUUAAGAGAUAAAUUUAUUAUAAUUCGAAUCUUGCUAAUUUAUAGUGUCUCAUUAAUUGUAUUAUAAUACGCUGCUACGAAAUUCUUUGUAUCGCAUAAUCUUUACGAGGAAAUGAAGUAUUACAUAAGCGGUAUAUACCAAUCUAUUUUGUAGACAAACGGCAACUCCGUAAUACUGUUCGGAGGUGCAUUCCUUUCAAUCGUCGUGUAUUUAGUUUCAACGAGGAAAAAUUGCCGCUCCGUCAUUCGAAAGUUGCAUUUCUAGCAUGCGAUAAAUCCCGUUGGUAUUUCCGGCAGGAAGAUACAUACUUUUAGGCAGUUUUAUAUAUACUUAAGUUUACGUAUACGCGAAUACACAUCGAAUAAAAGUUUGCAAAACAAAAGUAAAUUUGAAAUAUUAUGAAUAAAUCUUACUAUUACGGA